AUGUCAUCACUCCUAUUUAAUCUUGUCAUCGAUGAACUCUUCGAGAUAAUAGGAGAUCGCUUUGGAUAUGAACUCCAAGGAAUGGGUAGUGUUAAUGCUCGCGCCUUUGCUGACGAUAUUACGUUAAUGUCAGGAUCUGAAGUGGGUAUGCAGCAACUUCUUUUGGAAACAGAGAAGUUUCUGACUGCUCGUGGUCUUGAACUUAAUGUAGAAAAAUGUACAGCUAUAUGUCUUCGUAAAGCAGGAAAGGUUAAAAACUCUCAAGUUGCAGACUCGUCCGUAACAAAUCCACCAAGAUUUACGGUUCAAAAUAAGCCUAUCCCGUUAUUUGGAAUUAAUGAAAAAUGUCGUUACUUAGGAGUUCAUUUUACACCUUUCGGAGCAGUCGAUCCAAGAGUAUCAGUGUCUGUACUAAGAACAGCACUGAGUUGUCUAUCUAAAGCCCCGUUGAAACCACAGCAGAAAGUGCUAAUGCUUCGCUCGUAUCUCAUUCCGCGAUUCAUCUUUACAUUUACACAUACGGAAUAUUACCCGAAGCUAAUGGGAGAACAAGAUCGUCUCAUUAGACGGUGA